AUGGCGACGAUGCGGGGCACGCGUGGUGGAGAUGCCGUCCUCGAGCUCUUCUGUCGACGCGGCGUCGUCCCCUCCAACGACGACGCGGAGCUGCUGAGGUCAGGUGAUGUGCGAGGAGGUGAGUCGGCAACAACAUGUCCGUCUUCCCAGGACUAUGGCUCAGCAGGGAGAAUGGACACCAACGACAGUCUACGCCUUGCAAGUCUCUGGCACUCAAUGCAUGCUAUCUCCCAGCAAUUGUCCCCUACCACUGGCUGUACUGGCAUUGACCUCCUUCAAGCCAAUAACUUUGACCUUCAUUGCUUCCAAUCCCUUACAGGGACGAAAUUUUUCGUUGUAUGCGAAACAGGAGCUCAAAACAUGGAGAUCCUGCUGAAGACGAUAUACGAGCUGUACACAGAGUUUGUGUUGAAGAACCCGUUCUACGAGAUGGAGAUGCCUAUCCGGUGUGAGCUCUUUGAUCUCAACCUAGCUCAGGUCAUCCAGAAGGAUCGUGUCGCGCUUAUGGGCCGGUGAAACAUGGCAUGCAGUAUCUCCUGUAACUUGUUUGUGUUCAUGCACUGCAUUUAUAUUUGCGCAGCUAGAAUCUGUUUCAUGUUGAAUGUCUUGCUGAUAACCAACUGCGUGAAUGCUACGGUCUUGACGUCUGUAAAUCUCUAUACACAAUAUUGGGUUACAUCAUUUCAUGACAGAAGCUGAAUAUACUUUGAUACUGUUUCGUUUGGA